UCUUUCUUAGCAGGUUCGCAUCAAAUUUCGAUCUAUAUAAAUAGUCACCUCCACACAACCAUUUCACUCACCAACAGAAAUCCAGCUCAGUUCUCUUCAUUAUUUUCUCUUUCCGAAGAAAAUAUUCUGCUUCUGGUUCAAAAAUGACUUCUUUUUCUUCCACCCAAUUCAUUCUACAACUCUUCUUUGUAGUCUCUCUCUUCCAUUUGUCCUUUGCUUCAAGAAAGCUCCAUGAGUUGGUCCAAGAUCAACAAACACAAUUGAAAUACCACAAUGGUGCUCUUCUCUACGGUAAAAUCUCCGUCAACGUUAUCUGGUACGGCAAGUUCAAGCCUUCCCAAAGGGCCAUCGUCGCCAAUUUCAUCACCUCACUGUCAUCCUCCUCAUCUCAAAGCCAACCCUCCGUCGCCACGUGGUGGAAGACCACCGAGAAAUAUUACCACCUAGCUACCAAGGAACCCUCUUCACUGUCUCUUUAUCUGGGUAAGCAAAUACUCGAUGAAAGCUACUCUCUUGGAAAAUCGCUCACACAGAAACAAUUGGUACAAUUGGCUUCAAAGGGUGAACAAAGAAACGCCAUUAACGUUGUAUUGACGGCCUCUGAUGUCACUGUUGAUGGGUUCUGUGUGAAUAGAUGUGGAACCCAUGGGUCUUCCAAGGGUGCCACCCGUGUUAAGGGUAAGAACUACAGGUUUGCCUACAUCUGGGUUGGUGAUUCGGAGACUCAAUGCCCUGGUUAUUGUGCAUGGCCAUUCCACCAACCCAUCUACGGACCACAGAGUCCACCUCUGGUUGCACCCAACAACGAUUUGGGUUCGGACGCAAUUGUAAUGAACUUGGCUAGCCUUUUGGCUGGGACCGCUACGAACCCAUUUGGAAAUGGCUACUAUCAGGGACCAGCUGAUGCACCACUAGAGGCAGCCACCGCGUGUCCUGGAGUCUAUGCUAAAGGAGCCUAUCCAGGCUAUGCUGGCGAUUUGUUGGUGGAUCCUACAUCUGGUGCUAGUUAUAAUGCACAUGGUGCUAAUGGCAGGAAGUACUUACUUCCAGCUAUAUACGAUCCUUCCACUUCUACAUGUUCCACAUUGGUUUGAAAAAUUAGGGGGACUUCCUAGGAUAUAGACAAUGAAGCCAUAUACAAAGGUUCUGUAAUUCAUUGAUUAGUUCAUUCUUUUGCCACUAAAUAAUAAUAGAAACAGCAAAUUCCUUGGGUUUGCUUUAUUUCAUUGACGUCUCUGUUUCGGUAUUUUUUAGCAUUUGAUCAUUUAAAAGUUUCAGUUUUUUCUUCUACUUUCUUUUGCUAAUCAAGAGACAUUCGGGUUCCUGAAAAUUGAUUGAGAUGUAU